AUGGAUACUUCUUCAGUCAACCGAAAAACCGGGAAGUCAGCGAAGACGCAGAAAGCUGAGGAUACUGUUCCUAUCCUCAACAUUGGAAAACCUUUGCAACUCAAGCAAUCUAAGGCCAGUCAGAACGUUGGAAUGGAAAUGCUUUCGAAGAAACUUCAACAUUCGACUACAACCACCCGUAGUUCUACAGCGCGUUCCGACAGCUCCAGCUACAUGGAUAGUGAGGACAGUUGCGACAGUAGCCGUCUUCAAAUCGCUUGGGAUGCAGAUAACAAUGAAACCCAAUCGAACCACAGCGAAAGAUCUGAAUCGAGCGACGCCAACUCUUUCAACUAUGAUACUCAAGCACUGAUGCAUUUGAAGUCUUCACUAGAAACUCGUCCACUCAAACGAUGGGGAGCUGCGGUCACGUUGCAGAAUGGAAAGAUCCCGCUAUUCUACCACAAGAGCAUGGCUCGUCAGUUUCCCACCAAGGAACGAACACCGGAGCAGAUGGAAAUGCGUCGUCGCAACACGGAGGCAGCGCGGCUCAGUAGGGCUAAGAUGAAAAUGGCAGAGCUCAUGAUGGAAAAGGAAGCAACGGAACUAAGCACAGAAAAUACGGGAAUCAAGCAAAUGAUCGCAUCGCAGUUGGUCUAUGCGAACGAACUUCGGAAGUUGUUGAAUAAGUCGUCGAUCGAGUUGAACUAUUUCAAAAGAGUUGGCAGUAGAAAUGGUGAUUUUGCUUAA